CCUAAGCAUCCAGAGCAAAUUUUAGGGAUUCCUUCUCCUUGCAGGAAGGGUGAACCUCACCAAUGAGGUUUUGAGAGGAUCCGUAAAUCCAUACCAUCAAGCUAUUCUUAGCCAUUUAACCCUAAAACCAUAUUCUAAAUUUCUAAUUCCUCCUCAGUCCUCCGGUCUUUCCCACUUUCUAUUCUCCAAAAAAAAAAAAAACCACCCCUGCAUCUUUACUUUCUGUUUUUCUUACUUUUAGUAUUUGGUGUCACAUUAUUUCUCUUUCAGAUACGUAUAGAGUACAGAAGAAGAAGGUUUAGAGAGAGAAAAUAAUAAAGAGAAACUUUUGAAUAACACAAGCUCCAUAAGACCAUAACUUCUCUGAGAGAUCGAACGUCGAGGCUUGAGAGGAGGAGGAAGAGGAAGAAAUCAUCGAAAAAGGUUGCAAAUCUGUGUUCAUUCAAUGAUGAGAUUCAAGAAAGGAAGUAAAGUGGAGGUACUGAGCAGGAAGGAGGUGUCUUCAGGUGCAUGGCAUUGUGCCGAAAUACUCUCUGGGAAUGGGCACAAUUAUGAUGUUAAGUAUAGUAGGUCUCCAGGCACCACCAAUGAGGUAGCUUUGGAAAGAGUGUCCAGGAAAGACAUUAGGCCUUGUCCACCCUUAGUGGAAGGUGCAGACGGUUGGGUGCCUGGUGGCCUUGUUGAGGUUUUUGAAAACAAUUCUUGGAAAAUCGCUACAAUUUCAGAUGUUGUGGAUGGAAAUUAUUUUUUUGUUAGAUUCCUUGGAUCUCCAAGGAAAUUCAGAGUCCACAAAUCUGAUCUUAGGGUGCGGCAGUCUUGGCAAGAUAACAAAUGGGUUGUGGUUGGACAAGGUUCUGUGCGUUGUGAAGAUGGGAAAUCUAACAAAUUAUCAACUUCAAGUUUUUAUGAGAAGCCAAACCACCAGGUGCUGCAAAAAAGUGCAAAGACAAAAUUUUAUGUGGAAGAUGGUCCUUUACCUGUUGAGAACAACUGUUUGCUGGAGUCUGAUGUGGCUCCCUCAAGAACGCUGAAGCGAGGCUCACCUAAUUGUUCAUUUCAUGUUGAGGCACUUACUGGUGCUAGCCGCAAAUUGAGGUUGAUUGAGAAAGAUAACAGACAUCAAAGAGUGAUUACAAACCAUCCAUCCCCAUUACUUGAAAAGGGCCAAAGUUGGAGGCUUGUACAACUUGCUUCCAAAAUUCUAAAGAUGACUGUGGGGUCUUGCCACCUUUCUCCAGGUGUAGACAAUGGGGAAUAUCUGCAUCCAAUUCCUUACAAUAAGAGAACUAAUGACGAGCUAUUUGUGCCAUUAACUAUUUUAAUUCGUUGGGUCCUAACGUUGUGUGCUGUGCUGAAGGAAGUCAUAUUACAUUACUUUUAGAAGUGGCUAUUGAAUGUCCUAAUAUGUUGAUGCAUGAGAGGUGUUAUUUUGAAUGUGUGGAUGCAUGAGAGGUGUUAUUUUGAAACCUUUUAACUCAGCUACUCCACAUCAUUACAUUCUUUUGCUUGCUGGCAUAAGUUUCUUCUGUAUAUGUUGCAUAGAUGUUAUGAACGUAGCCUAAGAUUCAGUCUUUGAAUGAUGGAUAAAUCUUUCCCUUAUUAUACUUGAACUUCUCUUAACUCUGGAAUCUGGAGUGCAAAAGAUCUAGGUAAACUUGUGAUGAGAAUUCUACAAGUUUAAAGUUGGAAUUGAUGAAAAAAAAUUACCAGUGACAGCUAAAAGAAGGGGAAAAAUUGAAUGCUACAUAAACCUAGAGGCCUCUAGGAUGGAGCAAAACUGUUGUCAGGAAAAAAUGAGUGGUCUGGUUCUACUCUUAAAAUGAUUUAGAAAUUCAGAAAAAUUCAGAGUUAAGGGGUCACCAAUUCCUUUCAAGAGAAAUCAAGGGCUCUGAGCAUAAAGAUAUGUGUCUUGUUUGCAUAUACAUAUUGAGAUAGGAUAAAUAAUGCCACCAUCAAAAUCUCUCUUUAAAGAGAUAGUGAUCAUAAUGCAUAUGGCUUCCCUAUAGAUUUUUCGUUGCUGUCCCAUGAGAUGCUGGAGUUUUUAACACAGACAAAAGCUUGUUGUGUAGGGACAGGGGUCUGAAUAGCAUUUGUGUCACACUCUAGCUAUGUAGGCAUUAGAUGGGAAUGAUGCCAUGAUAACAUGAUGAGAAUCUGGCCUCUACAGUUGUACUUGGAAUGAAAGAUCUGUUUGUAACAACGAAGUGGUUAAAAAUUGAAUAGCAUCAGUGCAGGAUCUUGGCAGUAUGCUUUGAAUGACGUGUAAAUUCGAGAGGACUCUCAAGCUUUUUGUGAUGAUUGAUGAAGCUUUAUAGUUGAGAAAAAUGACUAUCGAUAAAGAGGCCUAGAAUGUACUUGAUUAUCUUGGGGCCUGGACUUGUAAAUUGAUUUUCCAAGUAUUUGUUGAAAUCUUUCCGCUUAUGAUGUAUAACUUGACAAGGCAUAUGUGGGUGAAACUGUAAUGGUUGUCUUUAACACCAAUUGCAACUCUACUCAAUUUCUAUCUAUUAGAAGCGAAGUUCUUACCCAA